CAGAUCGACAGUUUGAACCUUUGAAGUUCCCCGCCAAAAUUCCAAAGGGUUCUUCGCAAAUCUCAACUUUCAAAUGGAAAAAAUCUUCCGGAUUAUCAAUAUCAAUAUUUCAACUCAUAAAUUACUCAAUUUCUCUCUCAGAACUCCUAAACUUCUCACUCCGCUUGUACUCUUUCAUGGUUCUAACAAAAACCUGAUCUCAGAUUCGGAGCUGGAACUCGAUUCCGACAAUCUCGGUUAUCGGCCACCCGGGUCUCGAAGACGCUGGAUUUCUGAAGAACAGGUUGAUCUUAGAGAGGUUUCAAAAGCAAGGGAGUUUAAAGUUCAGUUAGACCCAUGGCCGGAAUGGGUGGACUUCAUGGAAUGUUUGUCAAAGAAAGGGUACUUUGAAGGAGACAGAAUCCCGCUUCUAAAUGCCGAAUUGGGUGCAAAAGAUUUCAAUCAUAUUCGGACUGCGUCUCUUGAUUUCGCAAGGGAUCGGUCUAACCUGAUACGGUCCUUGUCCAGGAAAGACUUAGAGGUGAUUGCAGGAUGUGGAUGCCCAAGCACAGAUAGGAAAGUUGUGAACUCAGGGAAGCGUCUGAGAGCACAUUUGGGCAUUGAUGAGGGAAAUGUCUGCAGUUCUUGUGACCUGCAAAGAGAAUGUGAGAGGGCAUAUGCAAAGGCAUGUGGAGAUGAAGGAGGUCGGACCUUGGAUGUCAUGUGCGUUUUAUUAUUUUAUGGGCUCGAUCACAUCUCUGCUAUAGUGGAGAACAGACCAUGUUUGAACAAAACAGCCAAUGACUCUGUUAGAAAGCUGUUGAAAGAUAUUGUUGAACAUAGUACAGGAGAACGUGAAUCUGAUCUUCUAAAGUCUAAGGAGGCUACUUCAGCAGAAAGUCAUGACACAAGUGCUUCGGCGACACGAGGCGACUGGCAUUGUCCAAAAUGCAACUUUUUCAACUUUUCUAGAAACGUCAAGUGCUUACGCUGUGGUCAUAUAUUCCUUGAGAGACUUCGGAAACUUAAUGAGGAUCAAGUCAAUCUUCCGUUGAAGAAGGGCGACUGGAUUUGCGACACGUGUAAUUUCUUGAACUUUGCUAAAAAUUCUACAUGUUUGCAAUGCAAAGAGAAGCCUUUGAAUCGACGGCUGAAUCAAGGGGAAUGGGAAUGCGAAUCGUGCAACUAUAUCAAUUUUCGAAAGAACACGCAAUGCUUGAAGUGUGAUCACCAACGGCGGAAAGCACUAAAUACGCGAAGCGUUUCUGCUGGACCUGCAUUUGAGAAUGGAAACUACAGUUUCAGUAAGCCUAAACUCUCUUUUGGUGAAGUUGGAAAUAAUGCAAGUAGAAAAAAUGAUGGUUGGAUGUGGAGAUUUGGUGAAAAUGAGAGUGAAGAUGAUUCCGGAAUUCUAGAUUUCCCUAUUGCUCGCUCUUCUGGUAGUACAGAAAGACAAGAAAGAAGGAAAGUGGAGAUGUUAGAGAAGAGAAAAUUAAUGGAAAAUGCAGUAGCGAAAGAAGAAGAUCUAAUAUUGAGAUCUAACAAUAUUGAAAGAAGAUUCGAGUUUGUUGAAUCUUCUGAUGAUGAAAACAUAAUCGAAUGGUUUGGACACAAGCCAGAAUCAAGCAAAACUCACUACCCCGAGCUUCAAGCAAUGGGUGAUGAAGCCGCGAAGGUUGUUGUUCCUCGAAAUUUCAGAUUACUGGAAGAACUUGAAAGAGGUGAAAAAGGAAUUGGAGAUGGAACUGUGAGUUAUGGAAUGGAUGAUGCUGAUGAUAUCUAUAUGGCGUCUUGGACGGGAACUAUCAUUGGGCCUCCUAACACUGUUCAUGAAGGACGCAUCUAUCAACUCAAGUUAUUCUGUGGACAGGAUUAUCCUGAUAAUCCUCCAAAUGUUAGAUUUCAAACUCGGAUUAAUAUGACCUGUGUCAAUUCAGAAACUGGGGUGGUGGAACCAAGCCUUUUCCCCAUGCUUGCUAAUUGGCAAAGGGAGCAUACAAUGGAGGAUAUAUUAAUGCAAUUGAAGAAAGAAAUGACUUCUCCCCAGAACAGGAGACUAAGUCAGCCUUCUGAAGGUAAUGAAGAUGGAAGAAUAGACCAAAAGGGGUUAGUGUUGAAAUGUUGCAUUCUUUAAGGUAAAAAGGCCAAAUAUGAUAAUGUAAAUAAACACAGACAUUUGAUGUUACUAUUUAAGCAACAUGCUGAUGUCUACACGCAUAUGAAUGAAGUUGAGUUGUUUUCCAUUAAAGUGACAUGUUUGUUUGUCAGAAUGUCAAUUUUCUUCUAUGCUAUUUGCCUAUAGCCCUUCCCUUUUCCAACAGCUCAUCUUUGAUGAGAUGUGUUCCAUUCAGCUGUUCUAAAUAAAAAGAUCAGCAAAAGAGAUAAAAGUGAAACAAGACAAAUACAAGUUAUGUUAAAUAGAAGUCAAUCAAAAUCUUUGUAGAUUCUGUUCCCCACUAACCCUUCCUCUAUUUGACUGACAGUUGUGAACAAAAUUGAGAACUUUCUCCCUUUAUUUA